CAAACAUGUUGGCGUUUUUUAGAAGUAUCUUAGACUGGAUAAAAAGCUUGUUUUGGAAGGAGGAGAUGGAGCUUACUCUUGUAGGAUUGCAGUAUUCUGGGAAGACGACGUUUGUCAAUGUUAUAGCGGUAAGUCAUGAGUGAUGUCAUGCAAGUUUGCCCUUUUUACGUUUACUGAUUUCUAUUCUUAAAAGCUUAACGAUGCAUCAAAAUCAGAAACAGUUAUUUUUCUCCCUUGAAAUUUACAAACUUUUACUCACGCGAUAACGUAUGUUUUCAUGUAAGCUGACGCUUAUAGCAGGCUUGGUGUGCGGUUGUAUAAAUAUGUACGUGAUGCAUUUGAGAAAUUAAUCCUUUUAAUUUUAUAUCAGCAUAACUUACUGAAACUGAACUGAGACAUCACGAAAAUGUCGAUAAACGACAGUUAAUGCACCAUUUUUUUCAGACUUCAACUGCCAAUGUCAUUUGCAGGAAAAUAUGUGUAGACCGACCAAAAAUAUCUGUAACUGUAUGUAUCUGUACUCUGUUGCUUUACUGAUGGUUACGAGAUCUGUUAUUGAUUCAGCAAGAGCAUAAAAACUGUGGUUUUAUUCUGCUUAUGAGAGUUGCUUAUACAUGACUGGGAAGUUCAUUUGUUGUUGUGUCUAGAAGGCUCCCCAAGGCACAUGAAGAGCAAACUGUUUAUGAUAUUAUGCUCUUAAAUUAUUGCUGAUAGUACGGUAAUGACCUCUACAGCUGUAUGUACUGUACAAUUCAUUUCUAUCACUCACAUGAUAACCCAUUUAAGACACAAAGUUCAUUUGUUGGUUAGCAAUAUUAUUGUUAGUACAUCAAUGGUGAUUUAAAAAAAGUUUCAAUGAUUAUUAAUACCGUAAAUCCUCUAUAAAGCCCUUGUUGCGUUGCCACUAGUUAGAGUUCGCUGUGAUCAACCACACUCUCCAAGAUGAUUUAAAAUUUUGUUUAUUGUAGAAUCAAUGAAGUUUAUAAAAUAACUAAGAAAGUACGCGCGCUCUGAUUGGCCGAGAGGAGUGUUUGCAUCAGAGUAUGUAAACAUGGUUGUGGCGUCAAGUUGUUUGGCUUUUCACGCGCUAAUCACGCAAGCACAAAUUUGAAAAAGUUUUCAAGUUCAAAACUCAAAACGUUUACUUUAUUUACCCAUUCCUUGGUCGGCUAAAACUUGGAAAAUCGUUACAAAGAAGGUGUGUACAUUUUUCUUCGCUUAAGCUGACCGUUUUAAGCGAGAAAAAUCCGUAUUUUGCAAAGCAUCUUUUUGCAAAACAAGAACUGAUUACGCAUGCAAGACUUCGUGGACAAGAUUUUGCGACUGGUAAGAAUUUCUCUUUUAAUCAGUGCUAUACAAAGAGUUUUGCGUUUUUCUUGGGAAAGUUAUUUUAUAAAAGCAAUAGAAAACUUUUUUCCUGUGUUUGCAUAGCCUGAUAUAAACACUCGAGGUGUUGGGAGAAUUCUCGACAGUUAUGCAAACCCUCGACUUCGUCUCGGGUUUGCAUAACUGUCUCGAAUUGUCCCAACCCCUCUCGUGUUUAUAUCAGGCUAUGCAAACACGGGAAACGUUUUCUAUUGCUUAAAUAUGGUAAGAACUGAACGUGCAUAAUGCAAGAAAGUAACUGAAAAGUAAAAUGAAAUCUAGUAUAAACAAACCUAAAAUGAAAGACAAAAAUGUAACAAAAAUCAUGUUAUAGUUCUCCAAGUGUAGAAAAGAAAAGAACGAAAAAGUGGGAAAAAAUUGAAAUAAUCUAACUCUGUUAAGACUCUGCGUAUAUCCCCGAUUAAGAUCUGGUUAAAGUGCUAGGCAGGUGGGGGUUGUUGAUGGGGCGGGGAGGGGGGUGGGGGGGGGGGUGUUGGGAAGCUACUUCCCAGACAUUCUUUUAAAUAAAAAAAAAACGAUGUUCUCACAACUUGGAAAGUGAAUUUGUGUCUUGAUCAUGUGCAUUUCAUCAUAAACCAAAGAUCAAUGGUUUUGAGAAGGAACAAAAUCAUCGCGGUAGAAGGCUGGAUUGUUUCUCACUAUUAUGAUCUAUGAUAUGUUAGUAAUUCACACCUUUAUUGAUCUUAUAUCGCUUUUCAGAUGUGUGCUUUCAGAUGUGCAUGUGUGUUGCUUUUUCCUUUAAACAAUAUUCUUCCGCAGAGUUUGGAACAUGCAACUUAUAGCUGCGUAUGGCUGAAACAACCACCGAAGAGUUAGAUAUUGAGCAGCAUUUUGCUGCAAACCUAAGGAAAGUUAAGGUCGCUUCAAGGUACAGAGGUUUCAGCAAUAGAUGUAAUUUCUUAUAGGGUUGUUUGAAUUUUAACUUUGAACUUAAGGUGUUGACUGAUAUUUGUAAUGAACAAAGUGAAAUGUUAUCAUUGUUAUGAAGUCUGAAUCUGUUUAUUCAGGUAUGUAAGCUCAUAUUUAUAAAGCUCUCUUGUUUAGACUUAAUUUCAAUAAAUCUGACCCUUUCUCCAGUAAUUUGUAUUAGUAUCAUAACUUCUAUAAUAUUCUCCUCACCUGGCAAAAUUCCUAUAAACUCGAUCAAUAGUCCAGUGCACGUUGCUGGUUAAGAGUUUACACGGUUGCAGUGAGUGUCACUUGCGUUUUGCAAUCUCGAUACCAACGGAAAAAUACAAUAUGCGAGAAAAACAAAGAGGCAUGAUAUUAUUUUUUUAAUUGUUGACUUAUUUCCUCUGCUGGUUAAAUAAUCGCUGACCAUCACGGAAGGUGACAGCUUUGCAAGUUUUGAAAACAUCGUUUCUUGGUCCGAGACCUCAUCUCUUCUCUCCCCCUGCUCCAAGCUAGGUGGACUGCCAUAAUAAUGAUAAUAUGUCAAAACUUGUAAAAUAUCAACUAAUUAAACAAAAAAUAAUAUAAAACCAAUGUAACGCAUCGUCUGAAUUCAUGACACUCCUCGCCCAAGUAUUGAAAAUCCUUGCUUUCAUCAUCAUUAUGUCAAUCAAGUCCAUGGAAUCAAAUUGCAUUGUCCGUAAAUCAGGCUUCCUCUUCCCGUUUCAGUUGAACGACGAAACUGGAAAUUGGUUUUUUGUAGGUAUUUGAGUUUCCUGCUCUACAUGAAGUCACUUUGGCCAUUAGCACUUUGCCAUCAGUGUUCUACCACUUUUGCCACUUCAAUCUGUUCUGGAAGUUCUGCAGAUACUCGCUUUUGCAUCUGACCCAGAACUGAUCAGCCAGGUAUUGUGCUCUCUUCCACCAGUUACAGGCAUACAGGUCCAAGUUACCAGGGUGAGGUGCUAGAGGGCAGGUAUUCAUCAUAAGCAGCCUUGUGGUAGUUUAUGGUUCACCUUUGUAGAGGGGACUACUGAAAUGGGGCGGCUGUUGACGAUUCCAGUAACCUCUGUCAUGCGAGGCACUAGUAGUUCAUGGCUUAGCUGUGUGCAUCCAAUCCCUAGCAACAUUCCAUCCAAUACACAUCAUACAGUUCCAAUCUGCUACUCCCAUACGUGUCCAAAGUGCGAUGCGUGUGGAGGGUUAAAUAUCCAACCUUGUUCUGCUACAAACUUCUAGACUUGUGUUUGGUCCAUCUCCAAAAGUGCUUGUUGCAACUGUGAUUUUCCUCCAACAAAGCUACUGCUGUGAUCACAUACAUGUAUGAGUUUCAUCACUGAUCCACAAAUGGUGAAAAACCAUCCCAGUGCACAGAUGAACAAGUUGGUGUCCAUAGUUUCCAGUACCUUGAUGUGAAUGAUCAUCUCCAAUACAUGAUGACCUUUUGGUAGAAUUACUGGAUGUUUCUCUUGAGAGUCAAGUGUCAAGUUUUUGAGACGGUCUCCGACCCAAAGUAGCCCAUUACAAUGUACCAAGGGAUCAAGCUGCAACAGGUUUGAAUGUUUGGGAAGUGAUUUAUUCCUUUCAUCUAAAGACGAUGCCAUUAGCUCUGUGGAAAAAACUUCUUUCUGUACUGCCUAGAUUACAGCCUGGCCAGCUUGUUCAAGCUCAGCUGCAGAUUGAGGAGGCCAAGGGAUGACUCGCUUGUUUGGGGCCCUUGAUUUCUGUCCUUGAACUUUCUUACGAACACACUUUAAGACUUACAAUUGCACGCCUCAGGGAGGACCAGUGGGAAAAGCGCUUAAAUCUCUCACAGCUAAGACUUUGGGGUGAGUGUGUUGAUUUGGCACAGGUGAUGACUUCCCUUUUCACCUCAGGGUUUCUUUCGCUGAGGCGUACCGCCAGGAGUGAAGCUUGAGGCUGGAGCAGCGGAUUCCAUAGAAAUUAAGGUCCCAGUAUCCAUCGCGAUUCUAUUAGUUUCCAGUUGUGGGGUAACACAAUGAGUUGCGAGGUCAGCAGGAUUUCUUGCAGUGUUGAUGUAUCUCCCUUGACUUGGUGCAGUCGUGUUAUGGACAUAGAAUCCUCUACUUUCAUUCUGAAUGUACCCAAGUACAACCUUUGAGUCAGAGUAGUAGAUUUCUUCAUCAAUUUCAAUGUCAAGCUCUAUGUGAUUCAUCAUUAUGUCUUGUGUUACAAGUAUUUCGCUGCACAGCACUAAUCUAGGAAUGCUCAUCAUAUGGCUUGGUGCCAACUUAGACCAUCUGAACAAAAGAGAAAGGCUUACAACUCCAUCUUUGUUGAAUUCACACAGGUACAGCUCGGAUGGCUUCCUUGCUUGUACUGGAAAAUGCAUGUAUCUCCCUCCAUGUGACAGUGUCAAAUCCUUUAGGAUGGUGGCAACAAGGAAUCAAUACUUUUUCCAGCUUGGGGAGUAGGUCUCUCCAUUGACUCCAGUGGUGUUUCAUGUUCUCCAGAAGUGGUUCAUCCCAACCAAGGGGAUUGUUGCCAUUCACCUUCUUCCCCAUGAUGACGAGUUGCUGUGGGGAUUAGCUUCCCUUCCAGGAUGACUGGAAAUGCCAGAGGGUUGUACACCGAGUUUAUUACAGACAUAGUUCCCGUUUGCAUAAAGGACUUUUCUGGCAGAAAGACAUGGAAUGUGAAAUGGUCCUUCUCGUUCUAGUGAAUGGCAAGAAAUGCCACAAACAGUCCAAAGCAUGUUUCGCCAACAAUAAUUGACCUAUAACUACAAUUUAAGGAACAGUGACUUAAGUUCUCAUAGAUUUAACACAUCAUCAUGGGGCCAUAUUUGUUGUCCAAGUUAGAUCAUCAGCUUAGAUCUCUACCAUCAGUAGCCAGCUUUAGCAGUGCCAUAAGUGAGACAAAUGUAGAGGAUAUUUAUAAUAUUUGUAAGAAUUGUAUUUUAUGCAAUGCGUAAUGAAUAAUUAAGGUCUAAUACUUAUACUUAUAAUUAUUAUUGCCCAGACUUUCUUCUCAUCCACCGCUGCAGGUCAUCAGGAAGUACUUGAUGUUCGGUCUGGUUGCACUCAACCUAUUGACUAGGUUUGGAGUUAAGCGUUGCUCAGGUCGUCUAUGAUUGCAUAAGUGCGAUGAGACUUUUGAAGACAAUUCUCACAGAGAAUGUCAACGAGAACAAUCUUGUUACACAGGACUCCACCACUGAAAGGGUUGCGGCAAACCGAAUUGCAGGCCGUUUUUGAGCUCCUUGCUGUGCUCCGUUCAUGUCGUGUCAGGCGUCUCUAUUGUGAAGUGCCAUGGGAUGGCAGUCGUCCCUGCACUUGCCGCAUUUCACGAUUGCAUUGCAUUUGCUCAAUCUAUGUCCUGCCAAAAAAAUUCCUGCUAUGAGAACGCAUUUGUUUCUGACUUCCAGCACUUAUUUUUUGAAGGAAAUGCUUGAAGCUUUUCACUGUCUUCUUCUCCAAAUUUGGCUGCUGUCUGAAGUCAUUCUCACAGAACGUUAGUGAUGGCAACAUAUUGCCGAAGUGUCUCUCCAGCUCCCUCCAUACAUCGCACAUGGUGUCAGCGAGAUUCCUAUUUUGUCUCUAACAGUAGUUAUUAAUUUCUAUUUGUGCAUCUCGUUUUGUGUAGCUUCUCGAUCAUGGCACGAAAAACACUUUUCGAUGGGUGGGAGAGUGUCAGGUCUCCUGCGAAUAUCUCGAGGUGGCACUGAGGAAGGUUUUGUCACGACAAAGUUGCGACUAGCCUUUGAUUGACUGUUGUGAGGUCAUCUGCGGGAGUCGUCGCAAAGGGAUUCAUUCCUCGGAGGCCAAAAAGGGGCGUGUUGACUGGCGGGGACUUUUCCAAGCUGGCAGUGUUUGUGCCAGGUAAAUGCUCUUUUUUGCAAACGGGUGAGCAUUGGCUAGUUCACUUUAAAGCAUGGUGUGCAUUACUUUCCCUGAGUCCUGAUGGGAGCUUGGGUACCCUCUGCGAUCCAGUGUCUCCAUAAUCCCUUGUGCAUUAAUCCAGACUUGCGUUGUCUCUUUUGUGUCAAUAGGGUUGUCCAAACCUGGGAUAGUGACCCUAGUGACUUUCUCGUCGUCCUCCUCAAUAGACUGCUAAAUAGCUUUAAUUUGGCAUCAGCGACUGUGAGCUUCUUAUUUGCUGUAAAUACAGCUUUGUUGCACUUGAAUCUUGCUCUCUGAGACUGGAAUUAUUUUAAAGCUUCGUCAUUACUUUUCUCCAUCUCAACUGAGACAAAUGUACCACAACUAAAUCGAUCCCUAUCUCUCCUAUGUAUUAUUGCUUGGAGCAGUUCCUAUAAGUCCAUUAUAAAAGUUCUUCAAAUCAAACAAAGCCACAUUGUAAGGAUAAUGUUUUGUCUACUUUGUAUGGGAAAAAUAUAGAAAGCCGCUUGCUAUUAAUAAAUCUUCUUGACACUCUAACUGUUAAUCACAUAUAUGAACUUCAAGCAUAAAGAUUUAUCCUUAAAUAGUAUAAACAGUAGCUCCAUCAAUCUUAAAUAGUUGUUUCCGAUAUGCCAAACACAUCCACUCUCAUAACACAAGAUAUGCUUCAAAAGGCAAUCUAUAUAAGACGUGUCAUAGAACAAACACUGGCAAACAAACGAUCUGCAAUGGCAGUAGAUCUCUGGCAGGAACUAACCCCUGACUCUAAACGCUUGAAUACUCCUCUUUUUAAAAAAAGGGUCAAACAAUACUUGUUAAUUGCCAACGAGCAGCCUUGCAAAGACGCGAGGCUGCAUGGUGGUAGCCUAAUAAAGACGUGCAUGAUAGUUCCAGGGGCAGAAAAAAUUUUGAAUUGAUGUAACAUAUAGUAAUGAAAGGUAACAUUUAUGACGUAAUGCAGAACAGAGAAUGCAUUGUUUUUUAGAGAACAUGUGAUACAGAACAGAGAAUCCACGAGCCAUUUGCAUGCUUGUGAGUUUCGUGUUCAUCCUGUCUUCAACUAAUCGUCGCGUGGAUUUAUUUGCAACUUACACGUAUGGCUGCGCAUUUAACUGCUGGAAUUUUUAUCACCUGCUGCUAAGAAAAAUAAUAAUGCUGCAAAAUUUUUUGUCUUUGAAGAAAAAUAAAUUCAAAAGGCUUCAUCAGUACACCAUAAUUUUUUUUUUAACUUUAAAAAGAGACCAAAUAUAAAUAAAAUGAAUGUUUGCCGAAUUUAAUAUGAUUUUUUGAGGAUCCUAAGUUUGUUUAUAAGGCCACUAAAUUGUACUCAAAAUGACAUUUGUGCAACCUCAGAAAAAAACACGAACUUCAAUAUCUGAAAUAUUUUGCUAUGUAAAGUUGGGAUUUCAAAUUCUUUAUGCAGUAGAACUGUUUAGUUCACUAUUUUCAAAGACAAACUUAAAACAAGGGGCACACAUACACCAACCCAUGAUGCACCUUCCCAGAGCAUGUUCUGAUUAAAUGAUAAAAAUGCUUUCAGGGAAUUAAAAAAAUAUUAUUUUCCAGAUCCAGAUGUACGCAUGGGCGUAAGUGCAUACAUGGACACCACACUCCUGAAUAUAAUAGUAUAGUAAUCUCUGGAAUGUUAUCUUUCCAGUCUGGUCAGUUUAGUGAAGACAUGAUACCAACAGUUGGAUUUAAUAUGAGAAAAGUUACCAAAGGAAAUGUAACAAUUAAGGUAUGAUGAACAAGAUUUGUGUUGUGUCAUCUAUAUUAUUAGCCUGCUACGCAGGCGUUUUUAGGAGAGCUCGUCUUUCAUCCCUCCCCACAAACGCCUGCUCAACCGAGAACAUCUUUCCUUUCCCAAGCUUAGCCAAUCGCAUUGUACUUUCCAAAUUCUGGAAAGUUGACCUUGACCGCAGGGUAACCCGAUAAUUACUUGCUCUGCAUGAAACACUAGUAAAGCUUUAUGACCUCAACAAAAUGUUAGAGUCCAAGUGGCAAAAGUAAGAUUUAGUCAGGUUUUAGAAUACUCCUUGCACUGCCCAACCAUAGCCAAGGAAAGAAAACAAGGAAAUCGGUAAUUCUAGGGUCAUGUUUUUACACUACCACGGGCUUAUGAGUCGCAUUUAGGUUGUCAGCACUUUAUUUCAAAACUGCUGAUUGGUAACUUACCACGCGACUAAAACAAUGGAAAGGAAUGUUGUUUUUGGUUGAGCAGGCGUUUGUGGCAGGGAUGAAAGACGAGCUCCCCUAAAAAUGCCUGUGUGGGAGGCUGCUAUAUUAUAGGCACAUGAAAGGGUCAGUGUUACUAGUGUUUCUUGAACAUCCAAUGGAAAGGUUUAAUGUCAAUGGGACUACUAAGGGUGAUCUGGCCUUGCUACAAGUUGUUAUGAUAGUGCAAAAUAUUAUUAGAAAGAGGAUGGGCUGGGAGGAAGUGUACUAAAACCAUUUUCAAGCCAUUUUCUGGUCACUCUCUGGCUAUAAAGAGCUAAAACUUAAACCAAAAAGCUGUUUAUGGGUUGUAGGCCUCACAGCCUUCUGAUCCAGAUGCCAAAAUAACACAAGCUUCUGAAGUUCAGGGCGUAUGCGCAGAAAGUAAAAUUUGGUUUUUAGUUUAAAAGUGACACAGUAGUUUUGAUUUUUUCCUUUCACUUUCUCUCCAUCCCUCUUCUCUCGUUUUUUUUUGCCUCAUUUUUUUCUUUUGCUGAGCAUGUAGUAGGCUUCAUUUCAGUGGGUAAAGGUGUUUCAUGAAAGGAGAGGUAGGUGGGUAGUGAAUCAAGAUUUUCAAGGGAGUAUGUGUGUCAACGUUACAUGCUUAUUUGCCUUUGCCUUUGCCUCCUUGACUGAAUCAUGCUUAUUCAUGUAUGGUUUGAAAGAUCUCUUCACCCUGCAAAAGUUAGCUGACAAAGUGGUCCUUGACCAUGAAAAGUGAUGUCAUGAGAGGUAGAAGGAAUGUGGAUCCACACAGGUGGCUAAGUGCAUUUCAGUCAUGAUUUGGUUAAAAACCUGUUGAUAGUGUUUUUUUUGUCCAUUAAUUUUAGCAAUAUCCAAAAUACUGCAUGUAAAAUUUUUACAUUUUUAUUGACCAAUUUUAUUGACCAUCUCAUAAAUUCUUGACAACUAAGUGUCGCAAAAUACGCAUCUCUAAAAAAAAUUGUGAAAUUUUGGCCUUUAUAAAGCAUGUAUGUGAAAGGUAAAAAACAGUUGUGUUAUGUGUUGUUAGGUUUGGGACAUUGGAGGCCAGCCUCGGUUUAGAAGCAUGUGGGAGAGAUAUUGUAGAGGUGUAAAUUGUAUUGUGUAAGUACAUUCCUAUUGUUGUGAAGAAAUCUAAAUAACAGAAGAAUCCUUAUAACUGUAGAGUUUGCAUUGUCACUCAGGAUUGGCUGCUCCUUCUGUGGAAAUAGCCAUAUAACCAAUGCUUUUCUUUUAUUCUUUAAUCUCCUUAGUCUUACAAUCAAAACCCUUUAUUAUAAUCACCAAAUUUCAAUGACAAAUAAUAGUGAAUGUGAAAAAUGAGUCACCAAAGUAGAGACUUUCCUGCAAUAAUAGGUUAUUUUAGUUUUUAUGACUACUGAGGAGAUUGUUUACUUACUGUAGCAUUGCAUUGUAACAAGGUUUCUUUGUUACUUUUCUUCAAGGUAUAUGGUAGAUGCAGCAGAUCAUGAAAAAUUAGAAGCUUCAAGAAAUGAACUUCAUGGACUGUUGGAAAAACCACAGUUAGCUGGCAUUCCAGUAUGUGCUUGAAAAUAUUUUAAUGUGAAGAAUCUCUGUGCUUGUAAACUGCAAUUAUAUGUAAUCUACAGUUCUCAUAGCAUGUGCGUGAAUAGCUUUGAAAAUAAAUUAUAUAUAAUAAUAAUUAUUACAGUUGUUCAAGCUAUUGAUCAUUAUUGUAAUCAACACAAUAUUAACUUGAAGGUAUGUCCAGAAAUGCAUGCUAAUGAGAUUCACGCUCUUCAUGAUUGACAUCACAAGGUGUCCCCUAGCCCUAAUCCUCACCUAACGCAAGGCCAUUCAGUCAAACGUGAAGUCAUAUUGAAAUUACAAACAGCUGUGUGUAAUAUGAAGUACCGGAGGUCUAAGUUGUGUGCAUUUCUGGACAAAAGUGUCACUGAACUGUGACAGAGGGUUUACAAAAAAGGUCACAAAAAAUGCACUUUAAUUGCUUCAUUUUUGCUUAAUGUUCUGUAUGUUUAAUCUUGUAGGUGUUAGUUCUUGGAAACAAAAAGGACCUCCCAAAUGCACUAGAUGAAAAAGAACUGGUGGAGAGACUGUAAGUUCUGAAUUGAUUGCAUUUCCCUUUAAUCACCCAUGUGUCAGGAUUUGUAUUUCACAUGAUAUGAGAUUAUUCUGUUGUUUUAACUUAAAAGUACAAUGUUUGUUUACUUAGUUAUCUUUUGUGCCCACAGGAAUCUGGCUUCCAUACAAGAUCGAGAAAUUUGCUGCUACUCUAUCUCUUGCAAAGAAAAGGAGAACAUUGGUAAGCAAUACAGAUUACCUUAUUAUUAAUAUGGGAAAUUACAUGUAACGCUUUAUGAAAUUAACAUGACUUUCAAAAAUUUGUGUUAAUUUAAGGUAAUUUUUGUAACUGUUAAUUUCCGUGACCUUUAUUUCCAUUAUUUUGGCUCCAAAUUCUCAAUACACUUGUAGCAUUCUUGAAACCUAAGAAAGAGGAGUAUCAGGGUAAAGAUCUGCCAGUAACAGUGAAACUUUAAAGAACCCUACUUAAGUGGCCAGAUUUCUGCACUUGACCACUGGUGUGUUUAGGGAAAGAACCAUGAACAAAGUUUCCAUUUCGGAUUAUACGUUUAACUUUGUUCCUUUUGCCUCAACAAGUUUUGUUUAUUUAAAGUCACCCUCUCUUUUACGUUAAUUUCUUAUAUUCAAAAGCAGGUUUCCACUAAAUUCGCCUUAAUUUCCCUUACCUUAAUUUCAUUGAGCACUAAUUUCCUACAAUAAGGUAUUGUUUGUUGUUUCCCAUAUGCUUUGCACUAUAAGUAUUUUGCAGAUCGUUUCACUACCAAUUGACAAAAUAAAAAAGAUUAAAUUAAACCCACAACACAAUGUUAGUGAUAUUACAUUAUUUUGCUAAUGUGCAAUGGUUUCUGUAGUGCCAAGAAACAACUAAAAAAAUCAUUCCGAAACAAGUUUUGUGCCUCACAUGGUACCAUUUACACAUUGUGCAACCAAAAAGUCUCUCAAUAUUUCUAAUGAACACUGGGAAAUAUAUGGACUGGUGGAGCUGAAAUGCUUUGCUUAUUGUUGCAUAAAGGUUAAAGGCUGACUGACAACUUAGCUGUGUGUUCUUUGUCAUUUUUGUAGAUAUUACCCUGCAAUGGCUCAUUCAGCAUUCAAAGUCACGAGGUUAAACACAGUAACAGAGAAGAGAAAACUUAUUCACCACGAAGAGGACAAAAAAAUGAUGGAAAAUACUUGUUUAAAAGCAUCAAGACAGCUUGCAUUCACAAUCAUAGAACUAUUAAGAGCAGACUACUUUUCUACCCUAAUGAUACUGGGUAUGACAAGCAAUAUGAAAGAAAUCAAUGCUGCAGUCUUUGACAACUCUAACAUACCUGUAAUGAUUAUUCUGCAUGCCCCAGUUGUUAAAAUGGUGGAUAGGGCUAUCCACCGGAUAAAUCUCUAUCCAUGGAUAGUGCAAUUGGUUUCCCUAAUAGUUAUCAACUGGAUAGUGAUUUAUCUGGUGGAUAGCGCUAUCACCUUUUGAACAACUGAAGCCAGAUGACUAAAUUGAAUAGAUAGGGUGUGGUGUAACCAUACUCUACCACUGUGGUGCAUUUUGACAUUUUUCAUUGUACAUGUUUCUUCUUUGGUAGCGAAGACUUUGGUGACUUUUUCACUUAAUAAGGUCUCAAACAUAAAUGUAGUGGUCAAUUUAAUAAAUCUUUUACAAGUGUAAUUUACAGGUGUAGCUACAUUGUACUGUUUUGGACCUUAGAACAAGAGCUAGACUUGGAAAAGUUUUAUUGAAUUUACACCAGGUUAAAGUGAAACAAAUUUCUCAAAUCAAAAAGACAAUAUAAACUUAACGUAGUAACACCGUAUGUGGCACUCCCGAGAAUUGGUUUUUGGUUUUUGGUUUUUUGGUUAAUAAUAAUGUUAAUAAUUUAAUAAUAUUCUAUCAGGCUAAUUGGAGUGAAAAAGAAACCUGUAAAAGUGUCAUUGUGUACCAUGCAAUAGCCCCCCAUUUAUUAGACAUUUUUUGUGAAUAGAGAAACAAAAACUGGGCAUUAAGUGAUCUAUUUGUAGUAGAGAAUGUAAGUAGGCAAUGUUUCAGGUUAAACUUUGCUGUCCAACUCUCUUUUGCCGCUGCCGCCGCACAACUGUCUUUUCUGUCACAAGUACCUUUGUAUUUUUUGCUGUCAGAUUAAUUCUUGAUAAUCAGUGUUUUCCUUUCCCUAUAGACUUGUAGUCUUGCAGAAGUUUAACUAUAUUAUGAUUUGAUCUGAGAGACUGACUAAGUAAACUUUGUAUCCUUCUCUAGACUUGCUUCCUACAAGUUUGGUGUUAUAAUUUUCUGGUAUCUCCAUUAACAGGUGACAAUAGGGAACACGGUGACUGCACUACACCACAAACAAUAAAAAAUGAUAGGAAUUCCAACAUUAUUAGUUUAUCUGGAAAUCUGGCUAUCAUCAGGGAUCAUUUUAUAUAGCGUUUUUUGUCUUUUGAUAACUUAUGAAUAAAAGGUAACUUUGGAAUAUUAUGCCCCUGGCUUUAUACUGUAUUUGUGUUGUAAGGCCACCUCCAGGUCUUGAAAUAACGACCGGUCAACGGAC